GCGCGUCUCCCCGGGAGCUGAGGAGAGCCAGCGGGCUCGCCUUGCGGGUGACCGGGAACACGGGCUUCCGAGUAUUAAAACUGGAGGCCCUCCCAGCCUGGUGGACGUUCGCUAAUUUGGCCAGUUAGAACUGAAUGAAGUGUUGACGAACCGCUCGCUUGGGGGAGACGUGCAUGGCUAACAUGUAAAGUGGUUCUGGUUUGCGAAAACUUGAUACCAGCACCGCAGUCAUAAGUAAAAGCACAAGCUAGGACUUCUCUCACAUUUGUGUGCUGAGGAGACUCGAUGUUGGCCUCAGCUCCUAGGCUGAAAUCAGCAGAUUGGCUCAUGAAAACUUGUGUAUUGAGACAAAGGAAAGGAUCUAGCAGAAAGCAACGUCUCUUAUCUUGGGCUUGGCAGCAAAGAAGAGGACAAGUAGUGGAAAUCCUGCAAUCUGAAAAGCAGACUGAAAGGUGACAAAGAAGCAGAAAAUGGGUGGUGGAGAGAGGUAUAACAUUCCAGACCCUCAAUCUAGAAAUGCUAGUAAGAACCAACAACAGCACAAUAGACAGAAGACCAAGGAUCAGAAUUCUCAAAUGAAGAUUGUUCAUAAGAAAAAAGAAAGAGGACAUGGGUACAAUCCAUCAGCAGCUGCAUGGCAGGCCAUGCAGAACGGAGGAAAGAACAAGAGCCUUUCUAACAACUCAAAUUGGAAUGCUAGCUUAUCAAGUCCUAGCUUGCUUUUUAAGUCUCAAGCUAAUCAGAACUAUGCUGGAGCCAAAUUUAGUGAACCACCAUCACCAAGUGUUCUUCCCAAGCCACCAAGCCACUGGGUUCCCGUUUCCUUGAACCCUUCAGAUAAGGAAGUAAUGACAUUUCAACUUAAAACCUUACUUAAAGUACAGGUAUAAAAAUUAGAUAAGUACUAAUUUUAAGUUUUGUGAUGUUUACAUAUAGCCAUCAAUAGGCUUGACAUUUCAUGAAAAACUGCUAAUUUCAAGUAUUAAGCAGACAUUGAUUUAUGUGCUGUGUGCACUAUAUUGCAAUAGUGUCAGUUCAAUUUAAGUGACUAAUCAAUUCUUGGUAGUAGUGUUGCUAACUAAAUUCAAGUUUAGAUUUGGGAAAUGGUAAUCAGCCUUUCUAUUGUGAUACGAAAAAUAAGGUUUAUGGGUCAAUACUCAUUUGAAGAAGGUAGACGAAAAAGACUGAAGACAAGGUGCACGGUUCAGUUAUAUAUUCUAGGGUCACCCAAAUCAUCAAAAAAAGCUACAUCCUAGGUUGUACAGUAGUAAAUGUAUAAAGGGCAGCUGAAGCUUACUAGAAUGAGGCCAAGUAGGUAGCCCAGUGGUCCAUCCUUAAAAGUAGUGGACAGAGAUAUACCAAAUCUUUUCUCAAAAACAAGUAGUAGUGAACAUUCAAAGAACAUUUUUAUGCUGUAGCAUCCCCCAAAGCUACUGAGGUGGUCUGGCCUCAUCCAUACAAAGCUUGCUUGAAGCAGGGAGUUAUAUAUGUGAAAAUUAAGUUUUUAGGGAAGAGCCAUGUAAAUAAAUGUAAUAAGUCUGUAACAUAUGUAAAGUUUUCUUGGCUUUUAUUCUACAAAGUGAGACUUAUUUUUAAUGUGAAUUUGCCGAAUGUCAGGCCAUGAACUUUUUUUAUGCUAUGGCCUAAUUUUAAAGGUCUCGAGUUUUUAAGACUGCCCUUGUACUUAAGUGCCAGUAAGUCAAUGUGACUGGCAUGAACUACAAAGCAAAUCUGUUAGGUUUUUAUAGCUGAAAAGACUUAAGGUGCUAUGAUAUUUCCAGUUUUUUAAAAGAUGUUAAGAUGCAGUAAGACUCCCUCCCCAAUCUUCUUGAACCCAAAGACUCAUUCUGGCUUUAUCGAUCCUAAAAGUAACUGAUGAUUAAGUGCAACCCAUCAUUAUUUAUGAAAAAAGUAAUCUCUUGCAUGAUGGUUAACCCAAAUAGCAAGUUACUUUUCAACGUUUAUAUUGUAUUUUCUCAAUUUUCAUUGUAUUCCUCAAUUAAGUUCAGAGCAGGCAUUGCCCAUCCUAAAGGACAGAUUCAUAGAUUAUGAUUGAUUCUAAAAACAAAAAACUUGAAAAUAAAAUUUUUUUCCUCCCCA